CCCACUCGUCUUUCUUAGCUUAUUCUGCAGAGACGAAGAAAGAAGGGAAUACUCAUUCAACUCUGCCUCUCUCUCUGUCUCUCUGAAUCUCUCUGAAUCUGUGUGUCUGAAGAACCCUUUAUCUUUCUCUGUCUCUGCGUGUCUCUGCUUUUUCUGCUGUAAAAGGCUAUAUGCAGAUCCAUGGAAGGCGGGCCCCAUAAUCCGCCAUUGCUCAUAUCGACGCAUUUAUAGUGUACCUGACGUUACACAAUCGACACGGUGUAGUAUUGUUGGUUGUAUAACAAUCUGAGCCGUUUGAAUCGAAACGAAUCGCCGGAUCUUCACAAUGAAAGGGGCGUCGUCGAGGUUUUUCACGAUCGGGCUGGUGUCGUGCUGGUACUCUUCCAAUAUUGGGGUUCUGUUACUGAAUAAAUACUUGCUAAGCAAUUAUGGGUUCAAGUACCCCAUCUUCCUCACCAUGUGCCACAUGACCGCUUGCUCCCUGUUGAGCUACAUCGCUAUAGCGUGGAUGAAGAUGGUUCCUAUGCAGACGAUUCGCUCCAGGGUCCAGUUUCUCAAGAUCUCCGCGCUCAGUCUUGUGUUUUGUGUGUCGGUCGUGUUUGGAAACAUCUCAUUGAGGUUCUUGCCCGUCUCGUUUAACCAGGCGAUCGGAGCCACCACGCCGUUUUUCACCGCGGUGUUCGCGUAUUUGAUGACUUUCAAGAGGGAGGCGUGGCUAACAUACGUCACGCUGGUUCCGGUUGUUACAGGGGUCGUCAUUGCGAGCGGGGGCGAACCAAGUUUCCAUCUAUUUGGGUUUAUUAUAUGUGUUGCAGCUACAGCUGCAAGGGCACUCAAAUCAGUUUUACAAGGGAUUUUGUUGUCUUCUGAUGGGGAGAAGCUGAAUUCAAUGAACCUUCUUCUAUACAUGGCUCCAAUAGCAGUCGUGUUUCUUCUUCCUGCAACACUUAUUAUGGAGGAAAAUGUGGUUGGCAUCACUAUAGCUCUAGCUAGAGAUGACAUCAAGAUCAUCUGGUAUCUACUUUUCAACUCAGCGCUAGCAUAUUUUGUGAACUUGACCAACUUUUUGGUCACUAAACACACCAGUGCUCUUACUCUCCAGGUGCUUGGAAAUGCCAAAGGAGCUGUGGCUGUGGUAGUUUCGAUUUUAAUUUUCAGAAAUCCCGUCUCUGUCACUGGAAUGCUUGGCUACUCACUUACAGUCCUUGGGGUAAUCCUUUACAGUGAAGCCAAGAAAAGAAGUAAAUGACAUAUCAUCAAGAAAAAGGCUUAAGUUGCAAUUUUCGAUUAUUUUGUUUUUAUCGGUGCAAAAUAGAGCGACAACGUUCAUGGAAGCAAUAUUGGGGCGUGCUGCGUCGCUAAUCUGUGGAUUUUGCGAUCUAGAUACUAUAUUUUUCGCCUGGAAGCCUGGAGAUUUGGUUUCCAUUAGCCUUAUGACUGCAGCAGGAUUAGCCCAAGGUAGAAAAGUUUCAAUAAGUGACAAUUUGUUUCUUGCAUUCCCGGAUUAGGGUUGUAGAGGAAUAUCAUUGUCUUUUGCUCCUUUUUUUUUCACUUUAAAAAUUCUUUCAGGGGGUAGGAUUUGGCUCUCAAUACAAUCGGACUGUUAUUAACAUUUGUUAUAUUGAAUAAUUAAUGAUAAAAACUUAAAUAGUUUUACCAUUUUCUA